AUGACAGGAGCUGCACCUGCGCAAGACAGCUCGCCGUGGGAAGACGCGGCCAUCGCCAAUUCGUGGGACCGUGUCGUUGGCGAUUACAAGAUCUUCCACGACGUCCGGGCGCGUGGAGGCACUGUUGGCGACCUGCAGGCGAUUCUCGGAAAUGAUCCGCCGCGGUCACAAACAAGUCGGGACGCCAAGCCUGAAACAACCCGCAGUGCCGUCCGAGAAGGAGCACAGGGCCCGGACGGUGUGAUGGUGGCGGACGACGAGGGUGCCACAGUUCCGGGCGAGGUGAUGGGCGGUCUUAUAAAAGCGGACGAAGGUUUGAAAAAGCUGCUCAUGUCUUGGUACUACGCCGGCUACUACACCGGCCUAUAUGAGGGCCAACAACAAGCCGUGAAGGAGCAGCAGCAACAGCAUUCAGGGCUGCAGCCAUCGAACAGAGUUGAAAAAGCACAGACCGGACAAGCAGCAGAUGGCGUCGAAGUGGGCCUUGAAAAGGACCAAGAGAUGCAGCAAUGA